AUGCAGGAGAGAGACUACGAAAAUGACAAGCUCUGCAUUGAAGUAGCCAAAAAGUGGUCUUCAAGAUGCAGCUCACCAAUGCAUGUAAUUUCGGAGCUCACAAUUAUAUCCACCAAAAAUAUUCUCAAAUCAAAGCAGUGGGGCCCUCCUCCUAACGCUCAACAAUGGGGCACUCCUCCAACCACUCAGCAAUGGGGCACUCCUCCAACCGCUAACCAAUGGGGCACUCCUCCAAACGCUCACCAAUGGGGUUCAUCAUCAAGUGUUCCACAAUGGGGUACUCCUCCAAAUACUCAGCAACAGAACCCUCCAACAAAUGUUCAGCGUGGAUUUUCAACGAUUGGUCAAGUAGAAGUUGCACGUGAAUCAGAGGCUUUUCGUAUAUGUCAGUUACGAUCACAUGGUCUCCAAAAUCUAAACUACGAGGAGAGAAUUGAGUUGUGGAAUUUGGAAAAUGAGCAAUUUGAAGAAUUAAUAAUCCAGCCAUCAAUAAGUUACUACAAUCAAUAUUUUGAAAGAGGACCGAUUCAAACUGGUUGCGGUCUGGGAUGGAGAAAUAUUUGGUGUCGGUUACAAGAAGAUGAUGCCGCUUGUCUUCAGUUAUUGCGGAUGUCAAUUGGUGCAUUCAGGACAUUGUGCGAUAAACUGCAAACGAGUUAUGGUUUACAACCAACAUUGAAUGUAGGCAUUGAAGAGAGUGUGGCCAUGUUUCUACGAAUAUGUGGGCAUAACGAAGUUCAAAGAGAUGUUGGAUUACGAUUUGGACGGACGCAAGAGACUGUGAAUCGAAAAUUUUUUGAAGUGCUUAAAGCGACUGAGUUACUUGCUUGUGAUUAUAUCAGGACUCCAACAACCCAAGAACUACGACAAAUUCCUGAACGACUAGUAAUGGAUCCAACGUAUUGGCCAUAUUUUAGUGGAUUUGUUGGUGCUAUGGAUGGAGUUCAUGUUUGCGUUAAAGUGAAGCCUGAAGUUCAAGGAAUGUAUUGGGACCGGCACAAUAUAACUUCAUUUAAUAUAAUGGCGAUAUGUGAUCUCAAUAUGUUAUUCACAUAUGUUUGGAAUGGAGCACCUGGCUCAUGUCACGAUACAGCAGUUCUCACAAUGGCGCAAGAAAGGGAUCCUGAUUUUCCUUUACCUCCACCAGACAAGUAUUAUCUAGUCGAUUCUGGCUAUCCAAACAAACAAGGACUUUUGGGGUAUGGAAGAAGAAGUGGAGGAUUCUUUGUGAAUUUCCUAGAUAUGAUAUGA